AAUACAUUCAGUUUUAUUUGAAGAUCGGUACGGUAAACAUUGUACUGCGCUAACAAACAACGUUGUUUCCAAGCCAAAUACGAAACCAAAAAAAAAAAUUGAAAUCAAAUAACGUAACGCCGCCACAUAACGUAAGAAAACGUAAACAAAACACACAACGUUUGAUUAACGAGUAAACGAGUGUUUUAACAAUCAAAAAUUGAAUCGAACAAAAUACAAAAUUUUUUAUAUUUCUGUUGGGUUUUUUUCGGUGUGACAUAGUGAUUUGGUUUAUAAUUGUGAGAGCUGUUACUGUUUUCGAAAAAUAACGUGUUUAGAUUUUAAAUCAAUCCACUUUUGGGCUCGUUUAGAUCCGCAGUAAAUGAUAAAUUAAAAUUUUGUCACAUUUCCCUCUUGCUUUAAAUUUCUAAAAAUAAUAAGUAAAAAUAAAAAAUAAAAUAACAACUAAAAUAAGAAAAGAGGAAAAAUAUAAAAAUUUUUAAAUUUGUUAAGCGAGUGUUGUUCGUAAGUUAAAUUGUGCAUACAUUUUUAUUUAGAUCAAAAAAGCUGUUAAAAAUCAAGUCAAAUCCACUUCAAUUAAUUUGAAUUGUAAUUGAAAUUAAAAUAAAUACAAAAAGUGUUAUAAAUACGAAAUAAAAGUAAUAAUAUUCAUCAAAAAGAUCGAUCGAAUUUGUUUCCCUUCAUUAGCAUUCAAUGUAUUAAUGUUGACGACGGCUUGCUGAAAAAAAUCAGGGUGCUUUAGGCGCGUAUCUAAAAUACAAAUGCAGAUACGACGACACAUGUGUAAACAAUGAAGAGUAUUAUUCGUUAUUUUUCUAGUUAUAAUGGAAUUAAUUUUAUUUAUGUGAUAUUAGCUUAUACAACAGUACUUAUUAACUCAGCGACAUCAUCGCCACCAUCCUGUGGACUAUACGGAGCACCGCCAUGUCGUUUUUUACCGGCACCACCUGGUCAGACUCCUUCAUGUGCUCGUCCAGGUAAAACCUAUUGUGAGCACAUAGACAACUACCCAGCAUAUCUCAUUAAACAUCUCGUACACAAAUGGGGUUAUGAGGCCAAAAAUUUAUUAGUUGAUGAAACGUGGGAUGAUUUUGCAACAGUUGCGUGGCAUGACACACCCGUAUUUUAUGAUCCAGCUUAUAUUUUCCCUCAGCAUAAUAAUAAUGGUAAAGAUUUUAAUGGAUACAACUAUGAGACACCGCCGUAUGGAAGUAGGAAUGGUAAUACCAAUGGCAAUACAAACUACAAUGAUGAUCCAUAUCACUUCUCAAAGUCAUCAACAACUGAAGGUCCCACAUAUCUUUUAUAUACAUCGUCAGCAGGUCAGCGUUUAAACUUUAACAAAAACCAAGUUUCAUCAUUUGCCAGCAGUACAACAAAAUCCACACCCAAUAACCCAACAUUGUGGUUAAAGCGAAUUGUACGUGACUUAAGCAAAAAAUCUUUCUUGAGUAAAGGUGAAAAACCACCGCUUAUAAUUGAUAGCACCGAUGAUUAUGGAGAAGAAGAAUCUUCAACUAAAUCAUCGUCACCUUCGACACGUGAUGUCUCUUUAAACAUGGAUCUCUGGGAUAUUAUGGGAGUGGAGAAAGGUGCAAAUUCGCGUAUUAAACGCCAAAGUCCAGGACGAACUUCACUUUGCCAAACAACUUCUCAAUUUAUUACACCUCAAGCAGCACUAAAUAGUAAAGGAAACUGGAUGUUUGUCGUAAAUGAAGCAAGCACAGCACGUCAGAUGGUUAAAGCCGAAUUAUGCGCGUCAAACACUUGCAGCAAUCUCUGUCAACUGCCCAAUGGUUACAAUUCACGUUGUGAACAGAAAUUUGUGCAGAAACGCUUAAUUGCAUUGCAGGGCAAUGGACAGAAUCUGUAUACAGAUACAUUUUGGUUUCCUAGUUGCUGUGUUUGCACAAUAUCCGCUAAUUAGAAUCUAAUUUACAUUUUAAUUAAUUAUUUUCAUUUUUAUCAUACAAUCCUUAAACAAUUCGAUUACCUAUUAUAUUCAUUACUUUAAAACUAAUAAGGUUUUUUCUAAAAUAUUGUAAAAAAAUUAAAAUACAAAAUCUAAAAU